CUUCAUGAUAUUUGACAGCAGGGCCGGCGGGAAGAGCGUGGGAGGAUUCAGGUUUUUUUUAAAUUACGCAUGCGCUAAAGAUGGUGGUAGCGGGGCGCAUGCGCCAUGCCGUGGAACUGAGUGAGAUGCUUAUGGAAGUCGCCCUGGUGAGCUCGAACGGCCGGUGGUGCAUGCGCACUUAAGUACUCCGCGGCCCCAGGCGGCAGAGGGGAAGAUGGCGGCUGUGGUACAGAAUGUGGUGAAGCUGUGAGUGCAACUCUCGUUCUUCCCCCCCCUUCCCCUCCCCUGGUUGGUUCUAAUGGUACAGCCCGAAUCUCCGAGAAAUGCUCGCAGGAGGGUCGUAGGAGAGACCAUUCUGUUAUCGGGGUGGACUUGGGGGCGGAAUAGGAGGCGAGGGGGCAGCUGUUGGCUCUUUUUAUUGUUCAGGGCUGAAGUUUUUAUAAAUAAAAAAUUAAACUCCCUUUCUAUGGGUGGAGGCCGGAUGAGGAGAGGGGAGAGUGCCUUCGUCUUAGAGUUUUAAAAGUGGAUGGAAAAGAGGACAUCUCGCCUUGAAAUAUCCCAAAUUUUGAGAUGGGGGAUUGGAAUGAGAAAAAUAAAAGGCUGCUCAAAAAAUAAAAAAACAGAGGGCGGCGAAGUAGAGCCCCCAGGGGGGAGGAGAAAAGAACAGGACCCCCCACCCACUUUCCAUAAAGUCCCAAAAGAAAAUGGGGAAUGAUGAGAAAAAUGGUCCUUCUACCUCAUGCCCCCCCGUGGAGCUCUGAAAGAGGCCGGGAGGAAGACAGCCUCCUUCCCUUGAAACAGUAAUUGUGAAAGAUAAACGGGGUGUGGGGAAAGGGGGGAAAUACCCAUUCAGGGAAACAGAGAUACAAUUUGUGUCUUGAGAGGGGAAUACACCAGGUGGUCCCUCCAAAAAGUGUGUGUAGGGUGGAGGUGGAGUGGAUUUUUAAGAGGAGUGUGUGUCAAAAGAGACUAUCUCAUACCCUUAAAAAAAAGUCUUUUAAAUGGAGCGGGGGGGGGGAGCAGGAAAAAAAAUCACUCUUGAAAAGUAGGAUUCCAGUCAUAGGGGUAAGAAUGAGUUUCUCCCCACUUUCUAUCAGAACCCAGAAGAAAAUUGAGGUGGGGGAGUGAAAUGGAUUUAAGACGAGAACAUAAUAUAUAGAUCUACCACCCACUCAAUUCAGAUCUCCAGAAAAAAAAUGUGAUGGAGGCACAGUUAAAACAACACAGCCACCUUCUCUUCCUCUUCUUUAUAUGGGAGAUGAAGGGUGGCAAGAGAUUCUGGCUAGCAAAGAGGUAGGGUGGCUAGAGAAGCUAGGGCAGGGAUGGGCAACCUGUGACCCUGAUGGACUACGACUCCCAUCAUCCCUGACCAUGCUUGGCUGGGGCUGAUGUGUCCAAUAACAUAUGGAGGGCAAAAGGUACCUCGUCCUUGUGCUAGAGAAAAACAGCAAUGUCAGGGGCAAGUUCCAGGGGUUGGAAUAACAAGUGAAGAGAUGAAAGUUGCUUGCCCAGUAGGAGGAGAGGCUGGAGUGACGAGCACGAAGACUCACCUUCUUGCAAGAGUUUAAAAUAAGUUUUCAGGUAGGGGAGAGAAUGAUUUGAAUUCCUGCCCCAAAGAGGCAGGAUGGAAAGAGGAACCAUGACCCAUAAUGGUCAGGACUCCUAAUGGGAGGUAGGCAGAAGUGCAAAUCGGUGGAUCAUUGCUCCAUUGCUCUCGAAUGGAGAAAAAGUGAUGGGCCUGCUUUCCACAUAAGAAAAGCUAAGCUUCUGAGCUGGUGUAGAAUUUUAAGAUGGCAACUUUGGCUAUACAGUACGUGGCUGGUAUUGGAUAUCAAGAAGUAAUGGAUGUAGGGUGGACCCAGGUUCCAGGUCUGGUGCCUUCUGGAUGUUGCUCUGGACUCCAGCUCUCAUCAGCCCCAGCCAGCAUAGCCAAUGGUCAGGGAUGGUAGGAAUUGUCCCCAGAGGGGCACCAUGUUGGCAACCUCUGGCAUACUAUAUGUUGGUACCUGAAGGUCCUAUAUGAUACAUUCUUGCAAUUAUGUUGUUGUUGGCAUCCAUCUAUCUUGAGAGACAAAGGAGUGCGCCUCUGAGAGUAAAGUCAGACUGCUGCAUUGGCAGCACCAAAGUUACCUCUCUCGGCACUAUCCUGGGCAGUGUGUAUGGAGGUCCUGGGCUGCCCAGAUGGCAAUCCUCCCUCCUCCUUGGCCUCACUGAUGUGGUCCAAAGGAAAGCAGAGCAUUUUUUUUGGCACCAGCUUGGCUGCAGGAGCUGCUGGGAGGAGGCAUAGAAAGUGCCCUCCAACAGUCUUAGGGACUCCACUCUGGAUUUGUGUAGGGUUUACUCCUUAGCCUUUUCUUCUCCUGAAGAUAUCCCGCAAGGCAGCGGAGGUUUAGGAUCAGAGUUGUCCUUCUCCUAGGUGGGCUACCUUUCCAAGUUGAUGAGCAACAACUGCUCCUCACUUACCUCUACAGCUCCUGCAGAAACCACCUUCUUGACCAUUGGGCCCACUAUUGGUCUUGUUGACUCAAUCCGCCAGAGCCUGUCUUCGCAUGCAGGGGACGUUCCCAUCGGCUACCCUCACAUAGUUCAGCUGGUCAGUCGAAGCUGUUUCCCGGGUUGUGGCAAUUUUCUAUCCUGAUUUGCAUCCUCUAAAUUUCACAUAGCUGCUUCAACUGAUGAUAGAGCGCCAAGAGGAUUAUAAAACAUUGUAAACAAGGUGGACUUGCAAUUUAAUUACCUAAUUUUCUCUUUCAUUCCUCCACUCCCCCCAACAAGCUUUUUUUCCUCCGACAGCAAAGAUAUUAAAUUCUUUUCCCCCAAAGCAAGCUGAUGCCCACCAGUUUCUAUUCCCUUCCCUCAGCUACUUUAUGUGGCGAGAUUGAAACACUAAAAUUACUGUAAUUAUAGGCUGCUCAAUUAAGGAAACUUCAUUGCUGCCACACCACAGAUUUUUAAAGAACAAGAAUAUAAAUGCAAGCGAUGUAUUUUUUUCCUCCCUUUCCGCUUCGCUCUGAGAACUCUCCAUCUGAGUCUUCACUAAUGGGAUUAUUGAAUAGAAUUGGGCAUUUUCCUUCUUCUGUGAUUGUAAUAGAUUGAAAAUGAGAUGUGGUAAUAUAAAAAGCUAGCUCCACAGAUGCCUCUCUUUUUUGUUCCAAGAAGGGAAGCUUAAAACCAGCUUUGUAAUCAGAAUUUUGAUCCUGACACCUUAAAAUUAAAGUACAGUGGUACCUCGGGUUACAUAUGCUUCAGGUUACAGACUCCGCAAACCCAGAAAUAGUACCUCGGGUUAAGAACUUUGCUUCAGGAUGAGAACAGAAAUCGCACGGUGGCGGCGGGAGGCCCCAUUAGCUAAAGUGGUGCUUCAGGUUAAGAACAGUUUCAGGUUAAGAACGGACCUCUGAAAUGAAUUAAGUUCUUAACCCGAGGUACCACUGUACUUUCUGCAUCCCAGUUCAACAUUGUUGCAAUUAUUAGCUGCGGGAAGGUCCAGCUUUCUAGAUUUCUAUUUGUGUGAUGUAGUCAAUCAGUUGGUAGAGCAUGAGACUCUUAAUCUCAGGGUUGUGGGUCCAAGCCCCACCUUGGGCAAAAGAUUCCUGCAUUGCAAGGGGCUGGGCUAGAUGACCCCUGGGGUCGCUUCCAAUUCUACAAUUCUAUAGUUCUGUGAACCUAGACUCUUGGUGAACUAUCUACUGUAGUUGGGAAAAACUUCUUCUAAUACAGGAGUAGGCAGAAGGUAUAGUUUGAUGCACUGGUAGAUCUUGAGGUGAUCUGCACUGGUAGAUCUUGAGGCAAGUGUUUCUGACGCCCAAUGAUUUAGCAAUAGCAAUGCAAAAAAGUUCCCCCACAAUUAGAUUGAGGACAUGAAGAAAGCUUGAGUGAAAACCAUAACGACAUAAAAGUAACUUGGAUGCUGGAUCACACUAAAGGCCCAUCUAGUCCAGCAUCGUGUUCUCACAGCAGCAAACCAGAUGCAUAUGGGAAGCCUGCAAGCUGAGUAUUCAGAGGUAGAACGCCUCUGACAGUGGAAGAAGAACAUAGCCAUCAUGGUUAGUUACUGCUGAUAGCCUUAUAUUCCAUAAAUUGGUCUAAUUUUGUAAAGUCAUCCAUAUUAGUAGCAGUCACUAGCUGCUGUGGGAGCAAAUUCCAUAGGUUAGCUAAGUGCUGUGCAAAGAAGUACUGCCUUGCAUCUGUCUUGAGUCUUACCACAUUCAGCUUCAUUGGAAAACAGUGUUUUUACUUAUGUUCCUCUCAUCAGUUUUAUCCUCUUAAAUUCGCCCAGGAGUGGAUCAGUUCUGGUCCUGAAAGCAAAUUUAUGGGCUGAGCAUAUUAUGUUCAAGAGGCACCUUGCUUCUUAAUUGCAAAUGGCUGGUUUGUGCAUCCUGAGGUCCUUUAAGAGCAAAGUGGAUUUAUCAAGCCUGAAGUUGACACACCUAUGUUCUAACGCAUGAUUGCUUUUGCCUCCCACCAGCCUUGGCGAACAAUAUUAUAAGGACGCGAUGGAGCAGUGCCACAACUACAAUGCCCGACUGUGUGCUGAGAGAAGUGUCCGAUUGCCAUUUCUGGACUCGCAGACUGGAGUGGCGCAGAGUAACUGCUACAUCUGGAUGGAGAAGCGGCACAGGGGACCAGGUUGGAUACACAUAGGAUGUUGUGAAAACUUGAAGUUUAGGGGCACUGUGGUUUUCUUAUUUGGGCUGUAGUUUGUAACACUUUGGGGUCUGGCAGCAGAUUUGCUUGUUUUUGAUAAGGCACUGCACCUGUUCUUUGACAGCUCACCUGAGAAGUGGGUGGGUGAGGAGAGGUAGGUCUCUUCUUUUUCCUUCAUGGAAAUUUCUUUACUCAUUUCAGGGAGCCUAUCUGCAUACACUGCAUUUAUUGUCCUUUAUUUAUUGGUCCAUAUCAACUGUGCGGAUUAGUGGCAAAUUAGGGUGGACGUGGGUGGCGCUGUGGGCUAAACCACAGAGCCUAGGGCUUGCUGAUCAGAAGGUCAGCGGUUUGAAUCCCCGCGACGGGGUGAGCUCCAGUUGCUCAGUCCCUACUCCUGCCAACCUAGCAGUUCGAAAGCACGUCAAAGUGCAAGUAGAUAAAUAGGUACCACUCCAGCGGGAAGAUAAAUGGCGUUUCUGUGCGCUGCUCUGGUUCGCUAGAAGCGGCUUAGUCAUGCUAGCCACAUGACCCGGAAGCUGUACACCGGCUCCUUCGGCCAAUAAAACGAGAUGAGCGUCGCAACCCCAGAGUCGUCCGCGACUAGACCUAAAGGUCAGGGGUCCCUUUACCUAGGAUGGAUUGUAAGGAGUGGAUGUGUUAAUUCCUGAAGUGAGGGUUGUUGGGGAAGUGCUCAAGGCUAGAGCUCUGAAAAGGCUGCAUUGACCUGAUAAUCUUACUCUUUUUCUUCCUUUUCUGUCCUGGUUUGCUUUUUUUAUUGGAAGGUUUGGCAUCUGGCCAGCUCUAUUCCUACCCGGCUCGGCGCUGGCGGAAAAAACGUCGCGCUCACCCUCCUGAGGAUCCAAGGCUUUCCUUCCCUUCCAUUAAACCAGGUACAUAUUUUCCUUUCUCUCUGAGCUGCUGCUGGGACUUCACUUGGGAUCAAAUUAGUUUUUCCUAGGGAUUGGGGAUGGGUUUGUACAUCAUAGCAAAUUGAUUAGAGAGGACCUCUUCUGCCAGGGUGAGUUGCAUCACCGACACAACUGUGCUUUCAGGAGCAUCAUUAUCAGCAUCUCUAACCUUCCAGGUAAAUUCCUGUUUUGAUUUUAGUAACCCUUGGAAGUCUUUGAGCCCUAUAUUAUUCAAAGGCUACCCCUUUCCCCAUUUAUCCCAUCACAUCUCUAAUGCAGGGGUGGCUAACGAGUGGCCCACCAGAGCUUGUGGAACUAAACCUUUCAUCAGCCCCAGUCAGCAUGGCCAGUGGCCACAGAUGAUGGAAGCUGUAGUUCAGUGACAUCUGGAGGACCACAGGGUACCCACCACUGUUCUAUUACCACAUGAGAACUUAUUAAAGCCUUGAUAUACUAGAUUGAUGAACUGUUUGACUUGCAUUCUGUUGUUGGACUCCAACAUUUCUCAGCUGCAUUCAGCAUAGCCAGUGGUCAGGGGUGAUGGGAAUUACAGUUCAGGAACACCUAAAGGGCCACAAGUUCCACAUCCCAAAUCAAGGCAAACCUUAAAGUUUUUUUAACGGGUCAGAAAUAAGAAUUGCAAUUACACUCCUGACAUGCUGACUUUUCAUGAGAUUCACACGUUGUAGCACAUUUACAUUGGAUUUUAGGUUUCUCCAGGAAUGCUUACAUUUUGGCAAAACACAGGGGAAGAGGAAUUUUUCCUAAGCUGGAAGGCAGAGCAAUGGAGCCCCUCCAGCUUGGGAAUUUUUUCCCUUCCCUUUCUUCUGCUGUGGCUGGUUCCAAGAUUCCACAUCUGGAGGGCCACAGGUGAUAACAGUUGUUUGUAUUGGCUGUUAAGGGUUCUGCUUGGGCUAAGUAUCUUGUAGCCAGGGACAGAUGGAAUAGGAGGGCCUUUACAUGCAUGAAUCAUGGUUUUUGUCUGGCCUUGCUGGCCGAGCCAGAAAUUGUAGUUGCUGCUACCCCUGCCCACCCCACCAAAAGCUGGUCUGAGGUUGUUGGGGAUGGGAUGAGAGACUGAGCAUUUGGCGGCCACUUUUCAAAAGUGCACAGAGUGCCUCUGAGCAGCAGAGCCCAACACUCCACACCCUGCCCCAAUGGGAUCACUUGGUAACAACCUUAAUACUAUACCCUUUGAUCUUUCUGAAAAAGACACACCAAUCACAUAGCCUGAUUCUAUGUGAGCCAUCCACAUAGUGAGUUGUGUCCUCUCAUUUGCCUAAGGGGUGGUGAUAGCAACGGCAUGUGACUAUAUUGUUCGCUGUAGCAUCCUCCCUUUUGAUUUCUCUUUCAGUUUCAGGCCCUGCCUUCACCCAAAUGUGUUCUUUCAUCUCUCUGCCUUUUGCUUGUUAUUCUUUCUCUUAGUUGCCUUAAAAAACCCCUCUGUAUCCACUUUCUCCCUGCCAUGCAUAAUUUUAUAUUUUUCUACCAUGUUGCUUCUUAUUCACCUUGUUGGUCAACUAAAGAGCCGGAAAUGUUGCAACCGUUCCUCACAGGGGAGGUGUUUAAAAGGCUUUGUUCCGCAAUGGGCUCUGCUUCCUUAACUGAGGUUCACAAUCCUUCCUCCAGUGCGUUCUUUCCUUCCACCAUGUAUUGGAGCCUCCAGUCCUUCUCCUUUGGUGAUGUGGGUGGCAGUUUUAGCAACGGCCAGCAGAGGCCCUUGGUUGGCUCUUGGUUUGGAGAAUUCCCUACCUGGUGAGAUCGAGAGUGUCUGACUUCCCGGAGAAAUUUAAAGUCGUUCCUGUUUACCCAAGCAUUUGAUGGCUGACAGAUACUGACCAUGGCAACCUUGAAAUUAGUGACUGUGAGCAUAUGUGAUUGCUUUAAAAUGUUUUUAGAUGUUUUAAAAUUGUUUUAAACAUGUUCUUUUAUUUUAAAUAGUAUAGUUUAAACAUUUGGUGUUUAUCACCCUGGGCUUUUCUGGGAGGAGGGGCAGGAUACAAAUUUAAGUACAUAACCAAAAGAUUACACAGCCAACCCUCUGGAUGUUACUUCUGUAGACACUGAGCAGACCCUAAAGAAAGAGGGUUUGAUCUCUCAGGAUGGCAGCAGCCUGGAGGCCCUUUUGAGGACGGACUCUCUUGAGAAGCGCAGUCUGCCCGAUCCUCGUACUGACGAAGACAGCCUCGGCGAGUUUCCUGUUGCCAAUAGUCGCGCGCGGAAGGUAAUGGCAGACAGAGGGUAGCAUUGACUCUGUUUCAAAAGGGGGCUCCAUGGUAACAUAUGAAUGGCUCCUCGCAGCUUCUUCCUACCUCUCUUCUGCUGUCCUUGCCUUUAACUACAGAAUGGAUAGAAAUCUUGCACCACGGAGACCUAGUUUUUGUACCCACAAAAACAGAAGUUUGCUACAUGAAUAAAUUGUUCAGAUUUUUAACAAGUGCACAAACGGUUGCUGAGGUUUGAGCACUUAAAUCCACUUUACACCAGAAUAAGGAGCUGUGUGGAGCUUUAGGCUCCUAGCCCAUGACUUCUGGAAGUACUGCUGAUCCCACCACCCCUUGCUGCUUCACCAGCUUCUCCCCUCAGACAUAAGGGCUCAAAACCUGCUUCAAAUGCAGAAGAGGGAGAGAGCUGAGAGCCUCUUUUUUGCAUCUGUGUAGUAGCUGAGGAGUGCACAGCCGCACCCCUGCUGGUAGUGUCCUUUCAGCUUGUCAGACUGCUUCUGUCUCAAAGAUCCUCAUUGCCAGAAAAAUCAUUUCAUGGACCAGUGUUUUGUUCCACUGUGGUGCUAGGCAUGCUUCUCUCAGCCCAGCCCAAGGUCUCUUCUGUGGUUCCCCUGCUCCAGUUUCUUUAGCUUUAUUUGUUCCCAAUUCCACCCUUUUACUACAAACUAUUGGUUUGGAUUGCAAGAGCUUCCUUUAAUUUUUUUUUUUUUUUAAAUGAACCAGAGUGGAAUUUAGUGUGAAAUGAAAGCCAGUCUUAUUUUGCAAAAGCCAUGCUGGGAUGGGGGUGGGGGUGAAGCGAACAGGGAGGAGGUGGUGGUGCAAUGACACUUUCUGGUUUUCAUCAAGUUUUUUGGCUUGGUGAGAUACUGAAUGUCAUAAUACACACUGGCUGCUUCCCAGGAUCAACUCUAAUAGCCUAGUAAGGCAGCCGAAGAUGGAAUGCUGUAGCUUGUCUUCCAGCAUCCAGGAAGACAGGAUGUGUGUGUGAGAGAGAGCAAUAGAGAAAAGAGAGAAAGAGCACUUGCUGAUUUUGAAAUGUGGGCAUGAAAUGCGCUUUUUUGAGCCCAUGCGUUUUCAUAGAAUCAAAGAACUGUAGAAUUGGAAGGGACCCCCAAGGAUCAUCUAGUCCAACCCCAUGCAGUGCAGGAAUCACAGCUAAAGAAUCUCUGAUAGAGAGGUAGGAUAUAAAUGUAGCGACAAAUAAAAUUAUAUAUGACGUGAAGAAAGCAUGAAAUUAUAUAUGACGUGAAGAUAUAGAAGACUUUCUCUUGUUAAUACCAUGACCCAGGGUCAUCUGAUAAAGCUUAAAGGUAGAAUUGUAGAGUUGGAAGGGACCCUGAUGGAUCAUCUAGUCCAACCCCCUGCAGUGCAGGAGUAUACAGCAGCUGCAUAUGGGGAUCGAACCUGCAAUCUUGGUGUUAUCAGCUCCAUGCUCUAACCAACUGGAAGAUUCAGGACAGAGAGCAGGAAGUAUUUCUUUACAGAAAGCCUAUGAAAUCUGCCUCUGCAAGAUGCGUAGGUGGCCCUAAAUGGAUAGUUUAGGCGAUUCAACAAAUUACUAAAAGAUGAGGCUGUCAGUAACUACUUGUCACGAUGGUGGUAUGUCUAGAUGAUGAAGGGAGAACCUGUGGCCCUACAGCUGUUGUUGGACUAUAGCUCCCAUAAUCCUUCUUGUUCGAGGCUCAUCUGAGUUGGAGUCCAGUGACAUUUGAAGGACCACAGGUUUUCAGUCACUGGUUAGGCUCAGAGGUACCAUGCCUCUUGAGUAUCGUGUGCUGGGGAACAACAGUAAGAGUCCAUGCCCAGCUUCUCAGUUCCCCAUAGGUAUCUGGUUGAAACAAUGUGCUGGACUACAUAGGGCACAGGUGAACCUUUGGCCCUCCAGAUGUUGCUGAAAUCGCGGGGAUGAUGAGAGCUGUAGUUCAGCAACAUCUGGAGGGCCAGAGGAUCCCCACAUCUGGGAAUAGGCUUUUGCUCUGAUCCAACAGGGCUUCUCUUAUGUCCUUACGACAGUUUUUAAUGUUACCUGAAAGCUCUGCAGUGAAAAUGAAACUAUUAGGUGGUCAUUGCCAUUGGUCUAACUAGAAUGCAUUUGAGGGGGUGCUUCUUAGCCAGACUUCCAAGUCUUCUGUCCUCCCCCUUGUCUUUUUGAAUCUGUUUGUUUUCUCUACAGUAGUCUUGCUUCUCUGUUCUAGCGGAUCCUGGAACCUGACGAUUUCUUGGAUGAUCUAGAUGAUGAGGACUAUGAAGAAGACACGCCAAAACGCCGAGGCAAAGGCAAGGCCAAGGUAUAGCUCACAUAUUGGGGCUCAGUAAUGCUUGCUCAGUCUUGAGUCAGUGUGCGCUUUGAGUCCUCAUGGAGUGGAAAGGAGCACUGGGGCAGGCAAGGAAAUUCUAUGGAUGUCCCAAAAUAUGUUGGGUGCUGGAAAGGAAUGAACACUCUAUGGUUGUAGAGACUAGUGAGAAUGGGAUGGGGAAAACAUGUGGUCUUCCAGUUGUCUUUGUACUAUGGUAUCCAUCAUCCCAUCCUUUCUGUGGCUGAUGGGAACUGAAAUCCAGCAACAUCUGGGAGGCCACAGCUUCUCCAUCCCUGUCCAAGUAUUUCUCAGUCUGCCUUUCUGUAUUUUUAAAAACCUUGUUGUCCCUGGGGAAAACAUGCAUGGACACUCUCUCCUGCCCCCAUGCCCCAAGGCUAAAAGGUUGAAAUUGAUUUAACACCAUAAACACAAGGUAAUUGUAAGUACUAAAGGAAAGGGAUUAUUUAUCCUUGCGGGGGAAGGGGGGAUUCUGGGGCUAUAAUUGCUUGGCACAAUAUUGGUUGUCAUAUGAAUAAUAAUGAAAUGGAAGAAGAAAUUUGAAAAAAACCAUUCAAAGCAUGUGCCACUGUGGGGCAGUAGUGGAUUGCCUUUUAAAAUAUUGCUAGCUGAACUCAUCGACUCUGCAGCACUUCAUUAGUAUGACUCCCUCUGCUUGGCUUUUGAUUUACUGAAGUAACUGUCCUACCCUAUUCUAGUGGUGAAAACAUACUGAAAGACAAACAGUUUUAAAAGUUAAGACUUCAGCCCUGAAAAUGACAAUUGCAACUGUUCCCUUAAAGCAUCUUGGUGAUGGCUGUGUUACUUGAGAAAGAGAAUACGUGUGAUUUUUUUCUCCUCUGAAGGUCAUUAUAUGUAAAUAAUGGUGCAUCACAUAAAUGCAUGGUGCACAUCAUGGCUGCAAUCUAGAGAAAACAUUUAGCCGUCGUGGUGGGAACCACAUAAGUUUUCCUUAUGACGGAUCUAACAGUUGCGCUGUUGGGGGUGGGGGAAGAGUUCAGUGUGGCACCUGUGAUUAUCUCCUGUCUCAUAGAUCUAAAUAAUGGUGGAGUCACUGUCUUCAGAUCACACUAUAAUACUGUUCUUAGCCAUGGAUAAAUCAGCUAAUUUAAUAGUCUCAUAAAGGGCUUGAAAGUGUUUUUGAAUUCCUUGGACCCACAAGAACUGUCCAGCAGGAGUAUUAGUAGUUGUUAUUAUUCCUUGCUAGAUUAUAUGUUCAUUGGUCUUCCUGCAGCGUGGUGCCCUCCAGAUAUUCUGGUCUAUAUUUUUUAUCACACCCAGCAUUCCCCCAACGUACACUCUCUAGAUGUUGUAGACUACAACUCCCAACACCCAUUGGGAGUUUCAGUCCAGGAUAUGUGGUCUGAAGGGUGCUAGGUUGGGAAAGUCUGGCAUAGACCACCUAGCCUGUAUCAUGUCUCCCAGUGUGGCCAGGCAUCUCUCUCUCUCUCUCUCUCUCUCUCUCUCUCCUCCAACCCCCAGCAACUGGCAUUACUCAGAUCCUUUUAUGAAUAACAGCUCAUUUGCCAUGAAUUUGUUUAUUCCCCUUGCCUCACCCUGUGGCACUGAAUCUGCUUAACUUUCCUGCAGGCCUCCUUAACAGCUACUUUAUUUGUUUCAGCUCCCACUUUAUGUCACCUCAAGGUUCUCUCGGUGAGGGGUUGUUGGGUGAGGCAUUUUUUCCCUUGCUCAUGACAUCCUCCUCUCUGGCCUCCUAGGGCAAAGGAGUUGGGAGCGCCCGGAAAAAGCUGGAUGCAGCCAUUUUGGAAGACCGAGACAAACCGUAUGCCUGUGACAGUGAGUAAGAAGGCGAGCCGUGCUGUGGGACACAGCUGUCGUGAGCAGAACACCUUUGCUUUUCCUAGAUAGGAGGACGGUGUGGUGGGGAGGGUGGGGGAAUGGAGGAUGCAGAGGUCAAAACUUCUUUGAAAGAGGGGCUGCGUGAGCUACUUGUCCUUGGUCCCUUGCUUUUUUAAUUGAGCUUCUUGGAGGCUAUAACAUUACUUGUCUAGUUUGGGAGCAUUGGAGGUCUGGCACUAUCUGGAGUCUCCUGUGGGUAUGGGCAGUUGCUUCGAUGAGAUCUUAGGCUGAUAAAAUGGUGCCUUUUAUUUGCCCGGUGUGCAAAUUUUCCUGUUUCACAGAGCCGUUUAUUCUGGCUGGUGAAGAGUUCUGUGAAAGUGCAUAAAAUUACAUACUUCUGCACCAGCUCAAGUCGGCCCAAUAGGAGAUAACUUUACUAAUGUUCUCAUCUCCUUUGGGACAGACUUGGCAGACUAACCCAGUCUUGUCCAUGCAGGGUCUUAGCCCUGCCACCAUUGGUCCUCUAAAAUGGAGACAUUGGGGAUUGAGCCAGGGCUUCAUGGAUGCAAAGCAGGUGCUCAGCCACAGUGCUCCAGCCCUGCCUUCCUCUGGCAGAUCCCAAGACGUGUAUAGACCUUGAUAUCGCUUUACCAGUCCAUUGGGGGCUGUGUUUGUGUGCAGACACCCAAGCUAUGUGACCAGCCCUGCUGCGUGUGGCUGCCUUUGCCAGUUCCAUAUUGCAUGACUUUUCUGUUCUUUAGAGCUGCUCCCUGUGUGCCAAUCUGGAAAUGAAUGCCCAUGCAAACCUGGUUAUUAACGUAAAAGGUGGGGGGCAAUUGGCCAGAAUUUUCAAAAUUGCAAACAAUGAGUUUUUGAAAUUACUUUUCUUUCUCUUCUCCUUUUACUGUCCUGUAAGAAUUUUAUACUCCCCCUUUUUACUUUAAAAUAACACCAGUAAGCAUUUUUCUUUUCUCCCUUUUAAUCGUUGUAUAUAGCUUUACUGUGUGCAUGUUAUGUGUGUGACCUAUAGAGUGUUUUCACCUUUUCUCUCAUUAUUCUCUUUCUGUAUUUCAGAUAGUUACAAACAAAAGCAUACCUCGAAACCUCCUGACCGAGGUAGUCCAUUCUCUCUGUCUUGCUAUUUAUUUCCUCCUGACUUUGUUCUUCUGAAAUGUUAGUUUUAAAAACUCUUCUUUUUUAAAAAGCAGGUCUUUUGAUGCAGGGCACAAAAAAACCCUUCCCUCAUAUGAUAAUGCAGUUCAGGUUUUUAUUUAGUGUGUGUGGCCUAAUGGGGUUAGCACCCAGCUUUUUAGCCCAAUUCUCUCCAAGUUGCUGUGGGAAAGGUGAUAAAUUUUUGUCUGGAAAUUUGGAUAAAUACAUAUCUCCCUCAGUGGCUCCUAGCAAUUAAAAUUCAAUAAGCAUUGUUAUUGUAAGGUGCUGAGCAUUGAGUUGGGAAGAAAGUACAUCAGGAUGUUUUGCCGUAGAUUGGCAAGGGAUUCUGACUCCCUAUUGUCUAGCAGUAACAAAUGAAAAAGCUUUCCCCUCCCCUCCAGCCCCAAAUUAGGUUGCUGAAAAAGAAAUGGGGAGCCGAUUUUUAUAUCAAUGAUCUUGUGAGCUUUGCUGUGCUACUGACCACACAUUCCUGGACUCAUCAUGUGCUCAUAAGCGGCACCCUGUUCUUUAAAUCUUGAGAGUGUGUCUGCCCAGCUACUGUGCAGGUACUCUGAUCGGUGGACCUAGUAAAACCACCACCACCAUCACCAAGUAUAUUCCUCAAGCCUGUCUGCUCACCCCUGGCAUACAUGAACAAAAAUAAACCUGUCUUUGCAGUCAGGCUUAUUUAAUAGCACAAUCCUAUCUAUGUCCACUUAGAAGCAAGACCAGUUGAAUUCAUUACGACUUCCUCUUAGAGAAGUAGGGCUAGGAUUGUACCUGAAAGGACAAGAGACACAGGGGGAAAUGGGUAGAAGGGAAAUGGAUUUGCCUGACCCAGAAAGAAGUGGUGAGUUGCUACCAGGCAUUUAAAUUUUUGUGGGACUGGGAUGAUGAUCCCUGCCUGGUAUUUUUACUGAAAAGGAAGUGAUGCAGUUAUCUAGUAGCCCUUAGGCUGGUGAUGGGCCAGGAUGUCCUUCGUCUUUGCCCUUGUAGUCAUUCCAGAUGUUUGGAGGAGGGAAGCAAGUGUCUUGAAACUGCUUCUUCUCUGGUGGAUCUUCUUUUUGUCUGAUCCCCUUGGAAAAGUGGGGGGAGACUUCCACAUGGCCUUGAUCUCUGGCUAGUGACAGAGGCUAGAGUGGCCUCCUCUUCACUCCUGCAGUCACAGAAAUUUGUCCUUUGGUUCUGACCCACUGAGGUCAGAAAGAGAGGUGUGUCCCCCCCCCGCACUUUGAUUAUGUGACUUUGAGUGCUUGCUUCCUGUUACUCCCAGGGCAACAGGAUCUGCCACACCAGGAGUAUAGCCUUAAAGGCCACAAAAAUUAGUAGCUCACAAAUACUUCCACAUGCCCACACAUGCCCAUGGCUGUUAUUUCUGGCCUGAAAGGGUAGGUGGGUAGAAAUAAGAGCCUUUUUUGUAAACUUGGCAUGUUCUGAUUUGCCCUGGGUGACCAGGCUAUUUACAACUUUGCACUGCAGGAUGUUGAGUGCUGCAGAGUUGUGUCUAAUAUCUAGUUUCCUUGAGAAGAUGCUGGAUUUUGCUUGGGGGAAUGGAUGGUAGCUAGUGAAACUGUUGUGUAUUUUUGCUUUCUCCUGUGACUUCUGGUUUGACUCGCUUGCAUGAGUCACCUGGUGAUUUUGGAACUGCAGACCACCUUUUUGUGGUCUUUGCUUGCAGCACUCUUUGGUUGAUCUGCAAGGGCUUUGGUGUAUAGCAGGGAUGAGGAACCUCUGGUCCUCAAUAUGUGCUGGACUCCAGCUCCCAUCUGCCCCAGCCAGCAUGGUCAGUGGUCAGGGAUGAUGGGAGUUGGAGUCCAGCAACAUCUGGAGGCCCUGUCAGGUUCCCCUAUCCCUGGCACAUAGGCUGAAUUCUUCCCAUCCUGGAUAGCUGUUGAAUAUUAUCCCCCACCCUACCUAACUAGAUGUGCUAGGCAGCCAAGUUGUUCCUUCCAGAGCUAGAUAAUGUAUUAACACAGUCCCAGGGUCCAAAAGGCCUUGGAAUUUUAUAAGCUCUGUUAAUGAUAGGCUAAGCCCUGAGUCUUCAGUUUUCUCUGCCCUUUGGACUCUUGCUCCUUCUUAUAGCCACCUGAACCAAGGGCCAAUGCCACCUUUGGCCACAACCUCAACCAGUUAUGUUUCAGUUUAAUGUUUCAUUCUGGUUUUAAAAGUAUUUAAGCAUCAUGGAGAAAGGUACCUCAAGUAUUGUUGCAGGCUUCUGAGAAUGAAUUUAUAUUUAUAUUUUGCCUUGAUUUAUUGCUUUUUUAACUCCCAAAAUAAAUCUAGAGUAAUUUUUGUGGUAUUAAAGAAGCCUGUACCCAAUAAUCAGCUUCAUACCAUCAUUUUUCCUCUAGUUGUAUUUUGACACAGUGCAAAUACACAAAAACUUGCAUGAUCUUCUAUGUCAUUCUUCUUCAGCUUUGGGUCUCCAGGUGUUGUUUGACUAUUACUCCUUCCAUUCCUGUGAUCCUUAGAUUAAGGGCAGUAUAGAAAUCAUCAUCAUCAUCAUCAUUAUUAAUAAUAAUAAUAAUACUGGGACGUGUAACUGUUCUCAUAGAAUUGUAGAGUGGGAAGGGACCCCAAGGGGUUUUUACCACCUUCCAAGGGAGUCUGUUCCCCUCUCAAACAGCUUUUAUUGCCAGAAAGUUCUUCCUAAUGUUUAGUCAGAAUCUCCUUGUCAUUUAAAUCCAUUGGUUUGAUGUUCCUGAACUACGCCCCCCCCCAAUCAUCCAUGGUCAUUGGUCAUCCUUGCUGGGGCAGGCUCUUACAUUUGCUUGCCUUUGAUUUGUCAAGCAGAGCAGCCUGAUUUUACCCCUCCCAUCCUGUGGAAUUAGCCAACUAGAGGAGGAAAGGGCGCUGGGCAAAGGCAGGGCGGCAGCUCAAACUGCUAACCUCAGGCACAGCCCUCAUGUGGCAAAGCCUUCUGAGCUUGCUGAAGAAGUUGUGGAAUGGCAGGAUUGUGCUAUUCUGGGAAUGUUUGCUCACAACUCUGAGCAGAAAAGAAACCCACAAGGGUAACCCCUGUCCUCUGGCAAUCCUGCCCAGCCCUUCAUUUGAAUCCUAUAGAGAGACAUUUCUUUUUCUUAAAGUGCUGAAACUCAGGAGCAUCCAAUGAAGCCUAAUAUUUGAAGUUUAAGGCCAGAGAAAGGAAGUCCUUCACACACAUAGUUGAACUACAGAAUUUGCUCCCACCAGAGGCAGUGAGGGCCACCAACUUACAUGACUUUAUAAGAGGAUUAGAGAAAUUCAUGGAAGGUCAGACUACUAGUGGCUAUUAGCCACAAUGAAUUGUCAGCAUCCUUCGGGGGUCGAGAUGCAAGCUGGCUAGCCCCUAGCUGGAUCAUGCCCUUCCAGCCGUGACGACCCCCUGAUCUCUGGUGUGACGUAAAUCAGCGACUCAGACUUCAAAAGCCUGAGCACGCUAUAUUAGCAGAGCAUACUGUGCAACCAGAACAGGCGUGAGGCUUUUGGAAACAUACUAACAGCUAAAGAUUUAUUAAGCAUAAAUCAGGACAAAGAAAACAUGUCGUCUCCCUUUCUUCUCCUCAGAGAGACAGUGAAAAGCAAAAGCUAUACACAAAUGGAAGUUCCCAGCAUACUGUGCUGGAAUGUAAACAGACAUGUGACACGUAACAAUCCCGUGUCUGCUCCUUAAGGUGGAAUGGAAAUUCUCAACAUGAAUAUGUUAUCCCUCCUCUGUUAGAGGCAGUGUAUGCCUUUAAAUCCCAUUUGCUGGGAAUCGCAAGGAAAACACAGGUGCAGUCAGGCCCUGCUUAAAGGCUUCCCCUAGGGAUCUGGCUGGUCCCUGUUGGCCUGAAUGGGCCUUUGGCCUGUCGCCAGGUUCUUACCUUCUUACAUCUAUGCAAGUCUGAAGAACUAAUUUAUUUUAAUUUUAUUGUUUUUAUUAACGAAAACCGGGAGUUGGUUCUGCAAAGGAAAACAUUGGAAUGAAGCAAAUUUGCAGAGUAUAUUCAGCCUUGCCUCCAUUUUCUGGUGCCAUGAGCAAGUGGGCUGCAGGAAUGAACAUAGGACUUAUUUAUUUUUAACUGAGAAUUGUUGGCUAUCUCAAGUAUCCCGACCCUUAAUCCCAGAUACGUGGCUCUGGACUGUUGGUGAGAGAAAAGCGCUCUUCUUCUGCCCAGAAGCACGCAAUGGAUUCUAUCCAUCUAAGUUCUCCUUGGAGUAGACGCAAUUGGAAAUUAAUGGCUCAGCUACUGUUGAGCAUGACUGAUACUGGAUACAACUCAGUAUUUCAUGAACAAGGUCCCAUUGCACACUGUGUGUGUGUGUGUGUGUGAGAGAGAGAGAGGGGGGGGGAGAGCUACUUUGGAACCACAGCCCAAGGAAAGAGGACAGAGGUUGUUUUUUCUCCUCCUGCAUCUGCUCCAAAGUGGGCUUUUUUUUUUUGGUAAGCUAUGUUGAGCCUCCUUGGAAGCAGCAUGUAGCAACCACUGCCUCUUUGGAGGGAGCCUGCCAGCAUAGGCUCCCUACUUAAUCAGCUGUGUUUACACAGCCCUUAAGAGAGCCAUUACUUUUCCCCUGCAAAUUGGCUUUCCAGUCGCUGUGCAAAAGACUUGCUGGACUUAAUGUGCUUUAGAAAACAUUUGUCUCCCUCCCCGAAAUCAGAACUUCAUUAGACCUGGAGUGUUUAUGGGAGAUUGUGUGUUUGUGUAUGUUCUCCAGCCCCAGCGGGGUUUUUUUCCCAAGCAGUGUUCCUCGCUAGAUAUGGCUCACUUCCUUGUUUCUGUGUCUUAGCUACUUCCAAAUCUGGAGCACGCUGUUUUGGUGGUUCAGCCUAGGCCUGUUGAGCUGCGGGUAUUAAUCCCUGCUCUCCUUUAGAUAUCCAUAAUGCAAUUCUGAAUCAGAGCCAGAUCUUCAAACAAAUUGCUCUUUUCUCUUUGCCAAGGACUUGAGGAUGGAAGGUAGAGGAAUGGUGGGGUGGCAAUUGGGGAAGAGUGGACUUGCAGCAAGGCUGAAGAGCUGUGCAGGGCAACUAAAAGCUGGCCACUAGAAAUCUGCUCUUAGCUUUUCCCUUUCUGAAACCAGACAAACAAGGUUUCAGGUCGUUCUUUCAUGAGGGCCAGAAACAUGUGCUGUGCGUGUUAAGAGUCUUCGAUUACUUGGAGUGCCAGACAUACACAAUUGUGUACUAUCCCCUUUGUUCAUUACUGUUUGGUUGGGUGUGUGUGUGUGUGGAGAUGCUUUGAGAGCAUUCUGAGUGCAGGUCGCAAAGGGUGCUACGAUAUGAACUUACCACUGUGUUUAGAAAUCUGGUUCUGGUGCUGAGCAACAGGAAAUAUUUUCCCCACCCUUGUUUUGAGAUUUGUGCAGUUUCUGUUUCUAUAACAGGUUGACACAGUAGCACAUUGAGGGGAUGGGCAGUGUGUGCUUUUUGGAGUGGGGGGAGAAGGGGAUAAAGAUUGGCUGAGAAUGGGAUAAUUUCAUUGCGAAGGGAAGGGGGAGGAAAGCAGCUCCUCUGGGGAUGGGAAGCUCAAACCUGUGUCUUGUCUGCCUUAAAAUUUUCUUCCUGUUCAGUCUGUGGGAAGCGUUACAAGAACCGUCCUGGGCUGAGUUACCACUAUGCGCACUCCCACCUGGCUGAGGAAGAGGGGGAAGACAAGGAAGACUCGCAGCCCCCCACGCCUGUAUCACAGAGAUCUGAGGAGCAGAAAUGUAAGUGUCUUCCUCCUCCUCCUGGGGCUUUUCCAAACUUUAAGAUCUCUUUAUGUAAGUUCUCCUCUACCCCAGCUUAAAUUGGAUCUCAAGAUUUGCCCUGGAAAAAGGGAUAGACCUAGUGUGAGUCCCACACUUAAAUGUCGUGUUGUGAUGUUGGGAUUUAUAUGAGCCAAUUGAAGGACUAAGGGAGUCAAUUUCAGCAAGAAUGGUGGCAUGUGCUAGCAAGUGACCAAGCCUGUCUUGCUUUGAGCAGCUGCAUGUGGAACCAUCACAACCAGGACUGAAGGGCUGGACCAGGGGUCAGCAACCUUUUUCAGUCGUGGUCCGGUCCACCAUCCCUCAGAUCAUGUGGUGGGCCGGACAAUAUUUUGAAGAAAAAAAUGAACAAAUUCCUAUGCCCCACAAAUAACCCAGAGAUGCAUUUUAAAUAAAAGCACACAUUCUACUCAUGUAAAAACAUGCUGAUUCCCGGAUGCGGGCUGGAUUGAGAAGGUGAUUGGGCCGCAUCUGGCCCACGGGCCUUCGGUUGCCUACCCCUGGGCUGGACCUACGUAUGUCCGAGCCAUAGGUAAGAGCCAGCUGUUCUCUUUAAGUAGGCUGUGAAUACAGGGUGAGCAUAAAAUGAUCAGUAGGAUGAGAUGCUAUAGCCAGUAUCCUGUAGUGGCAAUGGGACAGUGCUGCUGAGAAUGCACACAAUAAGCUUUUCUUUUGUGGUCACCCCUUCCCUUUGAGAGAAGCUCGGCUGCAGUUUAAAAAUAAUAAACUCCCCCUAGGUCUGGGUGGAGUAUGUGGGGUGGGAUGAGGCUCUGUUUUGACUCUGUCUUGUCAUUGAUUAAAACACCUUUUUCCAAUAGCCAAGAAAGGUCCGGAUGGCUUGGCCUUGCCCAACAAUUACUGCGACUUCUGCCUUGGAGACUCCAAGAUCAAUAAGAAAACAGGGCAACCUGAAGAGCUGGUUUCAUGUUCUGACUGUGGACGAUCAGGUAUAUGAACUGUGGGGAGCAGUGGGGCAGGAUCCUACCAAGAGCUUGGGUAUCCUACAUAAGUUUUAUGGGUUUUCUUGGCAUCCCACUCCUGAUCCUUCCCACCUGCACCUUCCCAUGCUUGUUGGUUUUGGUCCCAAGAACAACCUUUUUCAAAAAGAAUCUAAACAAGAGAAAUGAAGUAGGCUCAGGAGGCAUGUUCUUACAGCUGCCUCCUGAAGCUGCAAUAUUUUUUUGAAAAAAACAAAACAAUUUAAUUUUUUUUUAUGGUACAGAAGAUACAUUUUGAGAAAACAGUUGUUGCAACAGUAAACAAACAACUUGGCCAGAUAAAAUUACAGACUUUUGUCAUGCUAUGUAAUGAAGUUUCAUUUGAUUACUCUAAAGCUCAAACCACAUUUCCCCAUGAGUGUUGGAACUGAUUCCUGCUGCAAUCUAAACAGUUUAUGUAUUCAAUGAACAUUUGCCAUACGUUAUAAAAUAAACAGGGAUUGUGUUUGCCCUUUGGCAUGUUAAUUUCUCAGCCAACGCUAUUGACCACAUUGGUGUACCAAUGGUGUACCAAUCAAUGUUAAGCCUAACACCAGUUUCUGAAGCUUCAAGACUGGCAUCUUUGUGAAGGAGCUUGUGCGUUUCCCAUGUGUCAGUGCCCCCACAGAGGCCUGUGGUGGUAGAAGCUGGCUUUGGCUGCCCCUCGUUGGCUCAUUUGGCCCCCUUCUGCUGCUAGGGGGAGUACAUCUUCCUCAUGGAUUAAGACAGCUACCAAGGGUUGUAUCCAUCUAAGUCCUAUGCAGGGUAGAGCCCUUGGAAUCAAUGAUCAUGAGUUAUGACUAAAAGUAAUCAUUUCCAUGGGUUAACUCUUGAGUUGCACACAGAUAUAUAAGACUAACAUAGACUGAAGUGUUGGAAGCUUGGCUUAGCCACUCCAGAAUCCCCUUGUUAAAAGGGGGUUGGGCACAGUCAUGACGCUGGAGAGACCUGCCAGUGGCCAUUAGCCUUUUUGUGUUGGACCAAAACCAGAACUACAGUAUUUUUCCAUGUAUUGGAUGAAGUUUUUUUGUCUCAAAAAUCACGUUAAAAAAUGGGGGUUGUCCAAUACACGGAUAGUGGCAUGGGGGUGGGAUAUUCUGUUGGUUUUUGGGUUUUUUUUAUAAUAAUUUUUUUUACUGAUUUUCCACAUUUUUUUAACAUCUUUACAAUAAUCAUUUUUCAUCUCUAUUUAUUAGGUUCUUUUGACCUCUCUGACUUCCCUCAAUGGGUUCUCUCCUUGUCCCAUAAUUAACUGCAUCUUUUAUGUUUUCCAAAUAAUUACAUAAAUCACAAGUAAAAUGCAGUAAAAUUUCACAUUAAAGUAUCUUCACAUUCCUGUCAGUGACUUUAAAAUUUUACAGUGUUCUUUUAAAUAAAGUAAGAAUUUAUUCCAGUCCUUUUCAAAUACUUGUUCUUCCUGGUUUUGGAUCUUUCCUGUCAAUUUCGCCAUCUCCACAUAGUCCAUCAGUUUCGCCUGCCAUUCCGGCACUUCCUUUUGCUUCCAUUUCUGGGCUAGUAGUACUCUCACUGCUGUUGUUGCAUACAGAAAUAAUCACUUAUCUUCUCUCAGUAUCUCUUUACCCAUAAUACCUAAUAAAAAGGCUUCUGGUUGUUAUUUUUUAAAAAAAUUCUUAAAUAUUUUCUUUAACUCAUUGUAAAUCAUAUCCCAGAAGUCUUUUACUUUAUCACAUAACCACCACAUAUGGUAAAAAGUACCCUCUAUUCCCUUACAUUUCCAACAUAAAUUUGAGCUAGUUUUAUACAUUUUUGCAAUUUUACUUGGCGUCAAAUACCAGCGAUACGUCAUUUUCAUAAUAUUUUCUUUCAACAAGUAGCAUGCAGUAAAUUUAAUUUCUUCCUUCCAUAAUUUUUCCCAAUAUGACAUUUGAAUAUUAUAUCCAAAGUCUCUAGCCCAGUGUAUCAUAAUAACUGCCUUAACCUCUUCAUCCUUUGUAUGCCAUUCCAAAAGUAAUUACAAUAUUCUGUUGUUUGGUCUUAUGUGAACAUUGUGAGAAUAAAAUUCAGUAGCGCUUUCCCUCUUCCUGUCAAAACACUUGCCAACCUGGUUUUCCUUGGAGAAAAGAUGAGCAGCAAAUGUGAUGAAGAGGUGCAACGUCUUUGUUUGUUUAUCCGCUUGCUGAGGUGCCCACACAACCUUCCUGUCUUAAUGCCUGCCCCACUGUCUCUCCCCACCAGGGCACCCUUCAUGCCUGCAGUUCACACCAGUUAUGAUGGCGGCGGUGAAGACCUACCGCUGGCAGUGUAUUGAGUGCAAGUGCUGUAACAUCUGUGGCACCUCUGAGAACGAUGUGAGUACCCUUUCUCUCCCCUGUCCCUGCCCUUUGCAUGACUGAAUCCCUUCUCCCUGUGUCCUUUCAUCAUGAAUGUCCCUCUUUAUAUUAUAUGCCUAAAAGGUCUCAACAAUUUGCAUCUGGAAAUUUAAAUGCAUUACACCAAUUCAUGCAAAACUAACAUUCUCAUAGACACCUCCCACUGUCCCCAGUUACAGCCUCAGGAAGCACACUUCCAGCAGAACAAAAUCCACUCAUUAAAAGCCUGGUGGCAGGCGGGGUCAUAGGCCAAAGUGGUUGGAGCAAACAAUGUAAAUUUCAACCCAUUUUUUUUUUACAAUAGACCGCUUUCCUCACGCACCCCUCAUUCCAUCCUCCUUCUAGGCAAGUGACAAGUGUUUAUCAGAGGUCAAGGCUACCUCCCAGCCAGGAAAAAGAUCGCAAGGAUAGUGCAAAGCAAAGUCAAUUACGGGGGAGUUCUGAGGGCCAGAUAGUACGAUCUGGAGGGCCACAUCCAUUCCCCAGGCCUAUAGUUCCCCAUCUCUAGUUCCCAAUGGUUUUCAUGAGGCUGAAGGGUGGCAGCAGCUUGCAUUCCUCUCUAAGCUCCUUGAAGCAAAGGUGGGAUAUAAAUUGGAUAGAUUAAACUGCAACACCUUGAUUUUUAGGGGUGGCAGAGGACAGAUUUUCUCCCUUUCUGAAAAGAAGUGGAAUAAUUUGCAUUCUCCUUUGUUCUGGCUUUUCCUCCCUCCCCAUCCUGCUUAGGACCAGCUGCUCUUCUGUGACGAUUGUGACCGUGGCUACCAUAUGUACUGCCUCACUCCACCCAUGUCAGAACCACCGGAAGGUGAGUACUUCUCUGCUUCCCCAUUUGCAUCUUCCCACCUUUGUGCGAUUUUGGGUUUCUCCUGGUUUUUGCAUAGGGAAUUCCGGAAGCCAUAGUUCAGUGAUAAAGAGUGACUGCUUUGUAGACAAAAAGCCCUGGUUCAAUUUCUGGUGUCUCCAGGUAGGGCUGGGAGAGAGAGACCCCUGCCUGAAACCCUGGAAAGCUGCUGCCGAUCAGUGUAGACAUUGCUGAGCUCGGUGGACCAAGGUUCCGACUCUGUAUAAGGCAGCAUCCUAUUUGGGGGCAUAGACUAAAAGGCUGCUCUGCACAGCUUGCUCACCUGUUUUGUAAUUAACUGGCCUGCAAUUUAAAUUGAGUAAAAGAAGAAGAAAAGAAGUUCCUUCUGGGCCUCAUUCUACUUAACAAAUCAAAUAGGAUUUUUCUUUUUCUUUUAUAAAUGCUUUGGGAUUUUAAACCUGCCUUAGCGUGCCAAUUAUAUAAAAGAAGAAAGUUUGCAUGUAGCAUGACAUGGCAAAACGCUGGUGACUUGUAGCAGGCAGUUUGCCGACUCAUUUCCUGAGCAGGCGCUGACUUGGUAUUUUGAAAAGACGCUUCCAGCAACAGGCCCACAGCCAAAGGUAGCCUUUGUUAAUCUUAAAUCACCUGUUUAAUCUUUACACCACUUCUUUUGAGUCGCAGGUCACAGCUCAGGCUUUUCCGAGGCCUAGUUGGAAAGGGCUUCCAGUCAAGGCCCACAGACUGCCUGUCUACUGUAAGACCAGUAGAAGGGGCUGUAGGUUUGGGACGGAGCAAACAUUUCACACAUGGUAGAUUCUGGUUCUCAUCCCUGACACCCCUGCUGUGGCGUCAAGUUCUGCUGGUGUACAGUGUGUGUCUAGUGUAGCUAUAAUGCAUCCCACACACUCCAUAGAGGACGAGUCACAUACCUGUAAACAAGGAGGUGGACAAAAUGACACUCUGUGUGCACCGCUGUCUGCUGUGCUUAAAUUUAGUUUGCUUAUAAGUUGCUUUUCCACUUUGACCUUGGUGGCUCACAAUAAACAUUAACUUAUUAUCAGAACAUGCAACAUUUGAAACAACUUUGUGUUUCAGAACAUACCAUUAAAUUCAAAAAGGACAAAACCAGCAAUUCAGUAAGCAUAGAAUAAAUUCGAUAUUACGCUAAAAUAACCAAGUACUUAAUGGAGACCCUUUCUCAGUAUGUCCCGUAGUUUACGAUCAGGGAGAGGGGCCCUUCUCAGAGUAUCAUUGAGUGAACUUUUGAAGAAAGGGUAUCACUUUUGGAGUGAACAAGACUUGCUUGUGCAGCAUCCCUCACCCAAAUUUAACAGCAGCUCAAAGAUGGGAAACCUGGCACCUCCCAGAUGUUGCUGGGCUACAACUGCAGUUCAUCAUAAUUAUUGGCCAUGCUGGUUGGGGUUGUUGGGAGUUCAUGUCCAACGUCCCCCAGAGAGCCACUGGUUCUCCCACUGCUGCAAUAGGUGUCUUAUCCCUCCCCCUGCCCUCUUUUCUGUUACAGGAAGCUGGAGCUGUCACCUGUGUCUGGAUUUGCUGAAGGAGAAAGCCUCCAUCUAUCAGAACCAGAACUCCUCCUGAUGGGCGCUGGGGCAGCAGAGAAGAAAGGGAGCUUGAAAGAGGAACUGCCAGUUGUCCACUACCUUGCAGGGCUCUUUUUCCCUUUCUUGGUUUAGUCUUUUUCCUAUGCUGCCUCCCACUCUUGGUCAGUGUCUCCUUCACCAGUCGGAUCCAGCCCCUGCCAGCUCUCUCCAUUGUCCUCUGCGCAGCGGUUUUUGGGUUUAGAACUUCUUCUUUCUCUCUCUCCCUGCUCUCCUGGGAGGGAGGAUUCUCCAUGCCCUUUCCUCACUUGCCUCCAGGCUGGCUGAGAAGCACCAAACAGAUCAUCAUAUCUACGGCCUUAAUACUCAAGGACAAAUAUAUAUAUAUAUAGAAAUAUAUUCCGACCGAACUGGGCUUGCUGGGAGGAGGCGACUCCUUCUCAUCUUACUAACAUUGUGCUAUUGAAUCAACAGCUGAUCUGCAGGCUUCUAUGUCUCCAAAAGCAGAGCCAGCAAUUUUAAAAACUUUUUUUUAAAACACAAAACCACCACGAGCACUCUUGAUACUACCCACAGGGCUUAUAGGCUCCCUUCCAGCCCUUGGCCACCUGUUCCUCCCUCUCCAUAAGAAAGUGGUUUUGUCCCUUAUAUAAUUACAAAUGGAUCUGGAGCAGUCUCCUAGACCCGAGAGAACUCUGGGAAGGCAUUGUCCAGUGGAAAACCUACCUUUGGCCUUCAACAGUGUGGACCAGGACUUGGCUUAGGCAGGUGUGAAAACAAAGUGACUUCGUUUACCUCAGUCAGGGAAGAUCUUUUGAGGCUUCCCCUUGUCCUGAUGGAGGCUGGAUCCUGACCCAAAGAACCCUCCCGUUGUUAACACAAAGCACCAUUGCCUCCUUCCUUGUUUUCACACACACAAGGCUAUAUAUAUACUUUUAACGGGGGGUUGUGUUGGGGUGGGGGAUUGGGGGAGCAGAGAGAGGGUUCCAGCACUUUCCCCCACCUCUCUUUAGCAAGCCCUUAACACAUGGGGUGUUGACUACAGCCCCCCCCAAGCAGCAUUUCUGUCCCACGGUGGGUUUUAAUAUGUUUUUAAUUCUCGAGGGAAUGUUUCCAGUCCUGGCACCAUUUUACAUUUCUCCUCGUAUCAUCCUCCCACCAUAUGGGCCUCUACAGGAAUAUGCGAGUUGCUCGGAGGUGGAUGAAUGGAGGGCCGGCAGCUCUUUCUUCCCUGGAGCAGGGCUUGUUGGCAGGAGUUGACCCUGGUCUCCCCGCUGUGCUGCGUGCCUCUCUGGGGACGUUGGCCACAGAUCUCUGGGGUUGCCUGUGCGGGCCACUUCUUUAUUUCUUUCCCUAGCCUCACUUGAUGCCUAUUUGCUGAGUCCUGAUUUCCCACAUUCUCUGUGUGCGUGUCUGCAGGUGGAGGGCGAGCCCUUAUACCUCUGGGCUGCUCUCCAAGGAGAACAAGCUGGCAUGCAGGAGCCUCCUCCCUUUCCAAGAACGGAAGCUCUCUUCUGCAUCCAUCCUGCCUUCCCCCUUGGUUGCCUUCUUCACCUCCCCACCCCCACUCUCUGGAGGAACCGGUCCUUAAUAAGAAGUGACAUUUUGAAAACCUUCCUUGGAAACUUCCACCUGUCUUCCCCCUAACCCCCUUUGUAUGGCACCCCAUUUGGGGAGGAGAGGUGUUUUUCUCUGGAAUAGGGUUCUGUGUAAUAUACUAAUGAUGUGCCUGUUUUUUCUAAAAAUUGACUUCAUACCUACCUCCAAAGCCCCUUGCCCCAGUCAUACAUCCUCUUGCACUCCCCCAAAAUGCAUCCAGCCCUUCUCUGCCCACAUCUUUGCAGAGGCAAUACAUGAAGACUCAGGGGGACUGGCAAAGCAGAGGGGGCUGGUUCUUUUUAGAAUAGCUUGCCUCACCGAGUUAACAUCCAUCCUGUGACUGGGCACUGCAGCCUCUUGCCUCACCUUUCCCUAAGGCAGGGGUGGGGAACUGAUCCCCCAAAAAAGAUAUUGUUGGGCUAUGGCACCCAUCAUCAUCUCUUGACCCGCUGGCCUUGCUGGCUGCCGGAGCUGCUGGGAGUCGGACUCCACACUCCCAGCCAAACCGCAGGAAGGGUGCCAUCCUUGCCUUUGUUCUCACUACCCCGCUAGCUAAGGUGGGUCUUAGUGGGGCUGUAUUUGGAAGGGGAAAGAGGCACUUUGGGAACCAAAACGGAAGCUUUCACCCACCCACCCCUGCCCUCAUUCGCUAUGCUCUGUGGACUAGAGGCUUUCAGGAUUAAAAAGGUCCACAGACUCCCCAUUGAGUCUAUAAGGGAUGUCAAGAGAGGUGGAGUCAUUGUGCACUUACAGCCCUGGAUCCCCUUGGGGGCCGCAACCCCACACAGGGAAGCCAUUUUGGUUUCUUUAACCUUGCACUUGAUUUCUCUCCCAUAGCUGGUUGGGAUUGGGUAGGAGGGAACAGGUAGAGGCGGCCUGUUGAUGAAGGGGGGUGGGGUGGGCAAACCUUGCGUUGGGGGAGUUGCUGUCCCAACCCCAGAUGGGGGCAUGUCCUCGUUCAAAGCAUCACACCCGUGUCUUAAAACUCACAACCCGAAUAAACACCAAAAUGGCUUGUUUGGACUAAUUAUUUUAUUGCAGUCUUUUAUCUGUUGGGGUGGGUUGAAAGUAGCUUUUUUGCGGGGGAUUUUUUUUUUAAAGCAGUGUUGCAUUAUGGAGAUUUUAUGCUCAGGUUAGAUCUGUUGGUUUGAGGGAAGGGGAAUUGGGAAGGGUAUAUAAGAACAUGGUCCAUGUUCUUUUUUUAAAGUGGGCUUUGCUUCAGUGCUCUCUUCAUCUUGGGGAGGGGUGGGCCUUGGGUUUUCAAACCCACAUCCCUUCCAUUCCUUGAGCACUCAGAAGCUGAUCAGAAUACCUCAUCUCCCCCCCCCCCUUUUGCCACAAGUUGAUUCUGCAGCUCCUUGCACCUGAACGCCCUCCUGCCCAGCAUUACCAGUUUUACAAUGAAUUGGUGGCUAUGUUUCUCCCUCUCCCCAGGCAAUUAAUUAUGCAGAUAAUUUUAUUUUUUAGGUUUGGAAUUGGUUAUGGUAUGCCGAGGCUCUUCACCGCCCCCCACAUUUAUUUUUUUUAAUUGCAGCUGAAGCUAAAGUGUGUUUUACCUUUUUUGUUUUAUUUUAAGGUAUUGUAAUAAGUAUUAGCGAAUAAAUCAUUUUUACACAGAAA